AGAACUCUACUGGUGUUUAAAUCCCAGAUACCACAGAAAAGCAUGGUCCAGAACCCAUCCAACGUCCCCUGCUUGUAGGAUGUGGUUUUAAGAUUUAUAGCUGUGUUGAAUUUGUGUUGCCUUACUCAGCUGUGAGCGCUCUCUCUCCCACUGGGGCCCUCUCCUUUCUGAUGGAUAAGGAGCAGCUGAGAAGGUGCUGUUUCAGUCUGGGACUGUUUAAAACCAGAGAUGUACUGGCAAGUAUUGGUGAGGGGAACUGCAUCACGUGACCACAGCCAUCCUACCCCAUGUCACAGUGUGUAGGAGCGCCGAGUGCCCUUAUCCAAUCAUGCCUGGAAUGCUGCUUGUCACUUGGGCUAUUUCUGCUAUCUGUCGCUAUCAGCCUGCAGUGCUAACAGUUUGGCAGAUGGGACACUUUUUUUUUUUCCUCUGGAGUUUGCAGCUUUGAGUUUUUAACUCCCUGGCAGUGCCUCUCUUGUUAUUGUGGCGUGAACUCCUUCUGCUUUGCUCCCUUCACUGAGGGAAGAGAGAGAGAAACUGAAUCAGACAAAGGGAGAGAGAGGCUCAACAUGGCCCACCGACUGAGGCUUUACUUUGGCUCCGGGCGUAGCAACACAGCCCCUGAGAUGGAGGAGCUGGAGGGGGCAACAGAAGACGACAUUGCCAUGACAUUCCACACACUGCCUCGCAGGAGAGGCUUACCUCUUUUCUCCGAUCCUGAAAGCUCCUUGUCCGGAGAAACCUCCCUGAAACGUAGCUCCUCUAUGUUCAUCCCUCAGCUUUCAAACCCGAUAGAUCCUCGGCCCACAAAAAGCUCAUCAAUGCAGAUCUCCUUGCAGCGCAUCCCUGGAAAUGGAGAAGAAGAAGAGUCUCCUACUCCUAGUCCCGAGUCUUUCCUGGGCCCAGCUCCAGCCUACAGGGAGCCCAACAGGAAAUAUUCCUUGCCUACAGACAUGCCCAGAAACAAUGAAGCUUCACCAUGGACUCCAGCAUUUGGGAACCUGUCUGGUGAUCCCAGUUCACGCAAUCGUAGGGUGUUUUGUAUGUUGCCUGAAGAAUGCCAAAAUGGCCACAGCAGUCCAGGAGUGAUGAAUGAAGAUCUACCCAGUGGAAUUAAUUUUGGUGGUUUCUGCAUUCAGAGGAAUUCUACUGGGGGCUCAGAGUUUCAAAUGCUGCCUUGUGGAGCCCAGGGGCAGAAUGGUCCCCACCGCCGCUGGUCUGUCCACCAGGAUUCUAAUGGCACCCUGGGCAAGCAACGUUUCAUAGUUCAGCUCCAGCCAAAUCAAGCUGGCAUCCCCAAGGGCUCGCGGACAGAGGGGGCAGAUCUGGGGUUCACGGGCACCAAGGGAGAGCGGGUGGUGAGGUAUCCCCGAAUAAGACUGGAGAGGAGCACCUCGCAACCGGUGCAGCCCAGAGCUGUCACCCCACUACUUCAGAGUAGUGCUGGAGAUGGGCAGGACACUCCAGGAAGAAACCAGGACCCUGAGGGCCAGAGUAGGAAUGUGGAUGAUGCUUUGCAAGGUUGCACCUUUAAAAUCAGACAGGAACAAAACAACAGGCAGCCCCAGUUUAAGAUCUAUUUUACCCGAGGAGGAGAAGAGCAGAAUCAGAGUUCACCACAGGAUAUAAACUCUGGAAAUAGGCAAACAAGGAUUAGCUCCCAGGUGGAUAAAAACACACACGCACACAAGAAUGGGCUUUUCCACUUGGGACAGACGAGAGAUGAUUUUCUGGGGCAGGUUGAUGUACCUCUGAACCAUUUACCAACAGAGGACCCAGCGAUGGAGCGGCCAUACACCUUUAAGGAUUUUUUGCUCCGUCCUCGAAGUCACAAAUCCCGGGUGAAGGGUUACCUUCGCCUGAAAAUGGCAUACUUGCCCAAAAACGGAGGGCAGGAAGAGGAGAACAGCGAAACAAGGGAGGAGGCCGAGGGUUGGGAAGUGGCAGAUUCUCCUGACUCUGGGUCACAGCGUCAGCAACAGCUGCCACCCCUGCCCCCUGGGUGGGAAGAGAAGAUUGAUAAUUUGGGUCGCACGUAUUAUGUCAACCACAAUAACAGGACAACGCAGUGGAAAAGGCCCAGCACAGUGGAUGUUGUUUCGGAAACCGAGAAUGACAACCACAUUAGGCAGAUCAACCAGGAGGCUCACCGCGUGUUUCGAUCCAGGAGGCACAUCAGUGAAGACCUGGAGCAUGAGCAGAUUGAACCCAGAGAUAAUGAUGAUCACUGGGAUGCCAUCUCUGAAGAGUCCAGUUUUUCUGGUGAAACCAUGAAUCGGUCACUGCCGCCCCCCAUCUCCCCCAGUUCCAUUUCCCAGAGCAGCCACCAGGAGUUCUCGGAGGAGAUCAGCCGUCGGCUUCAGCUGGCCCCUGACACAGAUGGAGAGGCCUCCAGCGCUUCUGUGCAGAGCCUGCCAUCAUCCAGACUACGAUCAUCCAGCAUGACAGAUGGAGUCAGCGACCAGGCACAGCCCCCCCUGGAGAGCUCCCAGUCCAGGAGAACCCGAGCUCAAACUGUCAGUGGUGUUGAAGAGCCGAUGCAGUCUGCCUCCACCGCCUAUGUCCACACUACACCUGGACUGCCUGCAGGAUGGGAAGAGAGGAAAGACGCCAAGGGACGAACCUAUUAUGUCAACCAUAAUAAUCGCACAACAACAUGGACUCGGCCUAUCAUCCAGCACACAGAAGAUGGGGCCAGCAGCUCCUCCACGAGCCUCAGCGGCCACUUAAGUGAGCCACAGCUCAGACGACCCCGCAGUCUCAGCUCUCCCACAGUCACAUUGUCAACCCCGAUUGAGGGCGCCAACAACGUACAGGUGCGGCGGGCUGUGAAAGACACCUUUUCCAACCCACAGUCCCCCCAGCCCUCACCGUACAGCUCCCCCAAACCUCAGCACAAGACCGCCCAGAGCUUCCUGCCCCCUGGCUGGGAGAUGAGGAUAGCCCCAAAUGGGAGGCCCUUCUUCAUCGAUCACAAUACAAGAACCACUACAUGGGAAGAUCCACGCUUGAAGUACCCAGUUCACAUGAGGACGAAAGCAUCUUUAGAUCCGAGUGACUUAGGGCCUCUUCCUAAACUGCUAGAAGAGCCUGGCUGGGAAGAAAGAGUUCAUGCAGAUGGAAGGACUUUCUACAUAGACCAUAACACUAAAAAUACACAGUGGGAGGACCCCAGACUCCAGAACCCAGCUAUCACUGGCCCAGCUGUUCCAUAUUCCAGAGAAUUUAAACAGAAGUAUGACUACUUUAGGAAGAAAUUAAAGAAACCAGCGGAUAUCCCCAACAGAUUUGAAAUGAAGCUUCACAGGAACAACAUUUUUGAGGAGUCCUACCGGCGGAUUAUGUCCUUGAAGAGACCAGACAUCCUGAAGGCCAGGCUUUGGAUAGAGUUUGAGUCUGAAAAAGGCCUCGACUAUGGUGGUGUGGCCAGAGAGUGGUUCUUCUUGCUAUCUAAAGAGAUGUUUAAUCCCUACUAUGGACUCUUUGAGUAUUCUGCCACCGAUAACUAUACACUUCAGAUUAACCCCAACUCUGGACUGUGUAAUGAGGACCAUCUCUCAUACUUCAAGUUCAUCGGUCGUGUGGCAGGAAUGGCAGUGUUUCAUGGGAAACUGCUAGAUGGCUUCUUCAUCAGACCCUUUUACAAGAUGAUGCUGGGGAAACAGAUUACACUGAAAGACAUGGAGUCAGUGGACAGCGAAUAUUACAACUCUCUAAAAUGGAUUCUGGAGAAUGAUCCCACAGAGCUGGAUCUACGGUUUUGCAUCGAUGAAGAAAAUUUUGGACAGACAUAUCAAGUGGAUUUGAAACCCAGUGGGUCAGAAAUGGUUGUAACAAAUGACAACAAAAAGGAAUACAUAGACCUCGUUAUUCAGUGGCGGUUUGUCAACAGAGUUCAGAAGCAAAUGAACGCAUUUUUGGAGGGUUUCACUGAACUCAUUGCUAUUGAUUUAAUAAAGAUAUUUGAUGAAAACGAGCUUGAGCUACUGAUGUGUGGCCUGGGGGAUGUGGACGUCAAUGACUGGAGACAGCACACAGUCUACAAGAACGGAUACUGUCCUAAUCACCCUGUCAUACAGUGGUUCUGGAAGGCCGUUUUACUGAUGGAUGCAGAGAAAAGGAUCCGGCUUCUUCAGUUUGUCACCGGAACAUCACGAGUGCCUAUGAAUGGCUUUGCUGAACUUUAUGGUUCUAAUGGGCCUCAGUUGUUUACCAUUGAACAGUGGGGAACUCCAGAUAAACUACCUAGGGCCCAUACAUGCUUCAAUCGCUUAGAUCUCCCGACCUAUGAGUCAUUCGAGGAGCUCCGAGAGAGGCUCCUGUUGGCAGUGGAAAAUGCUGAAGGCUUCGAAGGCGUUGAUUAAGACAAGCAAACAGACACAAUGAAGAACACUGCCAUUGUUCUUCAAGUCAGAGCAACAGAUUUAUUCUUUUAUUUAUAUAUAUAUACACAUAUAUAUAAAUAAAAAUGUAUAUAUGUAUAAAAAUAGCAAUGGACUUCAGGACUGUUGUACAGUGGCUAAAGUUAGUGAACAAUUUAUUCUAUGCCUGUUCCUAUUCCAAGUUUCUGGAAGACUGGAGAAGUUCUGUGGAAACUGUUACCACAUAAAAUGAACUCCUGAUGCGCUUCAGUGAACCUGCUCUUUAUACUGUGCUGUGGAAGGCAUGGCCUUGGAAUGUUUUGCAUUCUUUCUAACAGCAAAUGGAAAUGAUGACUUUUACAGCUCUAAUUCUAUAGCACCUGAAUACCUUAGGAAUGAUGCAAACAUCACUGUCAAAUUUACCCAUUUCUUCAUUGUCACAUUGUGUUUCCUCUUUCAUCUUGCAAGGAUAUCUACACGCAUUAUCUUUCAUAAGGAUUAUUUUUUUAGUCUGCUUUUGCAACUAAAGAAGAAGAAGAAAGUCCUAAUCAAUUUUAGAUUUUUUUUUUGCAUUGCAGAAAUUUAUACUAAUGACAUUUUCCAGAAUUUUAGACAUUGUAAGGACACAUUAAUCAUGCCAAUUACAAUUGAAUAUAUUUACACUGAAAUUAUUGAAUAACUGUGUAACCCGCAUGAGAAUUUAUUUUAUUUUAAAGCACUAUACAUGUAUAAAUGAUUAGAAAGAGAAGGAUUUUUCCAUUUUUAGUCAGUAUUCCUGGAAGGGUUUGAGUGACAUUUAUUAUAUAAAUACUAUUAGACUUAGCCCUAUUCAUACUGCUGUAAAAUAAUUUCUUAUAACAUUCAUAUUUCUUUACCAGUUUCUUUAAAAGUUUGUAAUGGAAGUAUUAAUAAUGAAUAAUAACAUGAUAUGAAGCUGUAAGAAAGCUAUGACUGUCAUUGUUUAUUUAUUUCAUCUGUGAUUUGUUGAUAAGAAAAUCAUUUCUUUGUUUGCCUUAUUCUGACACCACUGAAACUAAGGGCACUUUAUGAAUCACACUAAGGUCAUAUGGCUUAUUAUCUGCUCUUAAUAUUAACUUGAAUGUGAUUAUAUUUCUUGAAUGCACUCCAUUAUGUGGUGCAAUACCAAUUGUCUGUGAAUUUGGCUGCUGUUUGUGUACAAACACACUGGCUGUGGAGAGAAGUCUUUGAACUUUGCUUUCCUCAUCUUACUGUACACGUGUCCUGUUCUUCUGGGGCCCAUGUGUCCUUUUACUAUAUGAUUCAUUAAUGAGAUGCUUGUUUUAUGGAAUGGAAGCCCUUUGUGUGUUUUAAAACCAACUUUAUAAGACCAUACAGUAUAUCUUCAAAAUAGUAUGAAACUAUAAAUAAAACAAGCCUUGUUGAUAUAAAUUCAGCCCUCAUAGAAAUGUCUUCACUAAUGUGCCAUUUGUCUCAUAAUUUAAAAAAAAUCCUGUGUUUAUAUGCCUUCUACAACUCGGUUUUUUAUUGUGAAAAAAACAACACAGGAAUGUGGGAGUCAUCCAUAAAUGUAGAUUUCUGACACAUUAGUGGCUAUCAUUUUUAACUUUUCUUGAAAUAGUAGCUAUAUGACCUUUUUAAUGGACUUCAUCUGUACAUGAGCAGUAUACAAUAAUAAUGUUUAAUACCUGAGUACUGGCAUCACUAGAUAGUCCUCUGGACUUGGCACACCUGCUACGUGGAUAGAUGCCUUUAGUUUCUGCAGGAUCCUUCUUGAUGAUUACUUAUAAAGCACUAUAAAAUAAGAAAGUAUUAUAAUAAAAAAUGGUGCUCAGAAGCAAACCCAUUCUCACUGCCUUUGUGUGUUUCUCAAUUUCAAAACAAUACAAAAUAAUACUGCUUUGGUAAGGGUCAACAUUUGGAGUUCCUAUUGUAUCUUUCAAUAGUAGAGUAAUAUUUUAAAAUGCUUUCUGUAUUUUACUCAUUUUUUACUACUCUGUCAUCUUGUAUUGUAACAGGAUCUUCAAAUUAAAUUACACCAGUUUUCAAUGUAACUCA